GAGAAGGCUGAAACGAUGCAUCAGAUUUACAGCUGCAGUGACGAAAAUAUAGAAGUUUUCACCACUGUGAUUCCUUCCAAGGUGUCCAGUCCAGCCAGAAGAAGAGUCAAAAGCUCUCAACACCUCUUGACCAAGAAUGUGGUGAUCGAGUCGGACCUCCACACGCCCCGGGCCCUGGAGCUGCUGCCGCACCGCAGCGACCGCCGGGACGCCGAGGGCCGCAGGUCGGGCCGGCUGCAGACCGCGCGGCCGCCCGGCGCCCAGCCGGCGAAGACCCCGGCCAGACCCGUGGGGAUUUCUGAACCCAAAUCUGCAAAUCUGUGUGGCAGUAGAGCAUAUGGAAAAUCUUUGAUUCCUCCGGUGGCCCGGAUCUCAGUGAAAGCCCCCACCGUCCUGGAGGUGGCAGCCACAGGCCCAGAGAAUGGAGCUGUUCUGACAAGAGGAUCCAGACAUCUCAAGAAGAUGACUGAGGAGUAUCCAACCCUUCCCCAGGGAGCAGAAGCCUCCCUGCCGCUGACAGGAAGUGCCUCCUGCGGUGUCCCCAGCAUCCUCCGGAAAAUGUGGACAAGGCACAAGAAGAAGUCUGAAUAUGUGGGAGCUACCAACAGCGCCUUUGAAGCCGACUAAAGGUGACCCUCCAGGUGCCUGGCGUUGGGCAAAGUUCACUGCACAAAGGGAGAAAACUUCCAGAUUGGAGCUGAGCCACAUUCACCUCUGCUAGUAGCUGGUCCAAACACAUCAUCCUCCCUUCUUAACCAAUCACCCUGGCUUAGGAUGCAGGGUAGGAACUUCCCUCGAAGGCGAAAGAAACUGUACCUUCUUAGAAUCGAUAAAGCCAUUGGUCUGAAAGUGACUUGGGAGGUCAUAAAGUUUAUAUCCCUAUCUAUAAGCAAAACCACACCAAAAUCAAACUUGGCCCAUUUUAAAAACCUCCAAGGAAGGAAGCAGGCAAUUCCUCAGUCUUCCUUGUGAGUCGUUCUAAUGUGUGUGAUUUCUGGCAUAAAUGGAAGAGCUUGAUGUUUGAGGCACUUACUAUUCUGUUAUCACAUUUAUUUCAUCUUCAGGAGGUCUGGUUUUUAAUGACAAAGCACUAUAUGUUUACUUAGCAGUUCUAAUAUCCCCUUGAGAGUAUUGUUAAGGUCAGUUUUAUUCAUUUGGCAUGAUUGCAUGAAUUCUCGAUUCUUUUACAUGCAGCUUUUCUGUAGAAAAACAUGAUUAAAAAUUGAAUGUUGUAUGCUAAUGUUUUCUGAAGUGGCAUAGUCUAGUGGAAUUAAUACCACCUUAUUUUGGUAUAAUGAUUUUAACUUCCAGAAGUGCUUUCCCUUCCACUAUCUCUUAUUUUCAAAAAGUCCCUAUUAAAGAAAGCACAAUUAUUCCCUAUCUUCAGAUGGGGAAGCCAAGGCCUUAAGAGGUCAUGUGACUAGAUACCAGACAGUGGAACGAGAUACCGGGUCCUCAACUUCCUUACAGACUCCUUGCUUUGCUUACUCUAGCAGGGAUUCGACGAAGGUUUGGAGGGGUAGGAGUAUGUCUCUGGGGGAAAUCUUUGAAGGGAAGAAUUUGAUAAAGUUGGAACAAGUAAGUGACUUGAAUAAAAUACAUCAUUAUGUAUUUGGUUGAACCAGAAGAAAUUGCUGUUUUUGUAAGUCAAAAACAAUUGGUUGUCAAAUUCAUAUGGUUCAACCUAAUGUAUAAUAUUAUGCUUUCCUCUUUCAAUGGAAAUGUCAUCAUAAAUUCCAUUGUCAACAUCAGUAGCCUUACAAUGACAAUAUGGUAAUGAUAGCUACUGUUUAUUAAAUGCCUACUAUGUGCCAGGCAUGACACUGAGCACUUUACAUACAUUGUCCCAAUCUUUCUAACAACUGAGUUAGGUGGUCUUACCCAUUUAAUAGACAACAGUUUAAAGUGGUUAAACAAUUAGUCUGAAGACACAUAACCCAUAUGGGCAUCAGGCUUCAAUGCCCUUGUUAUAUUUACUCUCUCACACAGUAUAGUUCAGAAUAUAGAGAAAGAUCAAGGUUAGGAAAUAAUUUUCAUCUCAAAUGCUAAACACGGUUGCUUGGCAGAGGCUGCCUGGAGUGCCGUGUGGAGAUGGAAUCUGAGAUACAGGCCUGAGGGAUCAACUAGUAAUGCCUGUUUGUGGAGGGGAUGAGUGGCAUGCGCCUUUGUAUUUGUCAUCUGUAGCCUCAAUUCUGCCCAGAAGGCUUGUUUUCUAAUUCAGAAGCUUAAAUUAAUCCAACCAAUUUAAUAACUGGAGACUCCAUGGUGAAAUUUAAUCUAAGACUAGGUUGGAAAUUGCCAUGUCUUGGUGCAAAGAAGAACUUGGCUGCAUUACUGGUCUCCGACUCAACUGUUAGUCAUAUGCUGCUGCUCUGUGGCCACGUGUUGCUUUUUUGCUAAGUUGCCUGUUUCCAUAUCUCCAGGUGAACGUAAGAAGGCAUGGGGGGAUAAGAGGACCAGGCUUCUGGGCUCUCACCCUGCUGAUCUCUGCCCUUCAACAGUUGUUUUAACUCUGAACACCCAAUCCUCACAUCAGAACAUGAUUUGGAGACUUGGGCGUCAAGUGUUCCUUCAGUGAGGGCCUCGUCUCACUGGACCGUCUAAUAGUCUUACAUAGUACAGAUAGCAGGGCCCAGAGCAAAGUUAGGGAGCAAACAGAUGAUAUAUGCUGGACCUAUCGGAGUAUCCUAAGAUUAUUUAUUUUAACUUAUUUAAUUUAUAACUGACAUUCUUUAUUUGUAUAUGGCAGCUGGAGAUUUCUGUAGAAUGGAACUAAUUUAUUUUUAAUUUAAAUGUUUCAUGAUGAAGUUUGCUUUGUAUAGAACAUUUUGAUUGGCCAAUUCAAAUAAACAUAAAGUACGCUUUG